GAUUUUGUCAAUGUGUUGGGCAGAGAGAAAUAGAUGCUGAGAGGAUAGUUUUAGUAGUAAUCAAGCUUUUUCCCCCCCACAUAUUAGAAUAUUUUGUUCUAGGUGAGUAAUUUUAGAAAAAUCAAUUCCUGCAGAAUCAGACCUUUAUUGAACAAACUAGCAGAUUUGUACCAGUUCUGUCAGAUGGCAUAACAUGAAAUGUAAGAAACCACACUGUAAAAGGUAACGCUUUUUAGAUCUUUUUGGAAAAUGAAUGUAGCACAUAAAAGAAAAAAACAGCAGGCAAAAUGAAUCAGCUUACAAAUAAGGAACGAUAUUCUUUGCUACAAAGGCUGUAGGAAAAAUCUGAUAGCCAUAUCAGAGUUACUUUUGUCAGUCAGCAAUGCAUGGAACAGUGGAAAAAAAAACCAACACUGGCAUAAUGUCUCUCAGUUACUCCAUUUGGAAUUAAAAGCAUACUUUAAGCUUCUGGGAGCAAUGUGUAUCCAAUACUUAGGCCUUGUCCUAGUGGAGUGGUAGAAUUAUUUGAGCUGCCAUGGCUGCAAAAUUGCAUGUCCCUUUUCUUGCAGCUUGUUGGUAUGUUAAAAUCAUUGCUUGUAUGGAUGCACUCUGUGUGUCAAGAAUGUCAACAGGUGAUGUUUAUUCAUGAGAUAACAACUUGUGCUUACAGAUGUGACUCUCUUUUUCCUCUAGUACAAGAAAACUCACCGGGGCAUAGAGCUGGAUUGGAGCCAUUCUUUGAUUUUAUAGUGUCCAUUAAUGGUUCAAGACUGAAUAAAGACAAUGACACUCUCAAGGACCUGUUGAAAGCAAAUGUUGAAAAACCUGUAAAAAUGCUAGUAUACAGCAGCAAAACACUGGAACUGAGAGAAACAUCAGUGACCCCCAGCAACAUGUGGGGUGGACAGGGCCUGCUGGGCGUGAGCAUUCGUUUCUGCAGCUUUGAUGGGGCCAAUGAAAAUGUGUGGCAUGUUUUGGAAGUGGAACCAAAUUCUCCUGCUGCAUUAGCUGGACUUAGACCCCAUAGUGACUAUAUCAUUGGAGCAGAUACCGUCAUGAAUGAGUCUGAAGAUCUCUUUUCCCUUAUUGAAACACAUGAAGCAAAGCCAUUAAAACUUUAUGUGUACAACACAGACACAGAUAAUUGUCGGGAAGUGGUGAUUACUCCAAAUUCUGCCUGGGGUGGAGAAGGCAGCCUAGGAUGUGGCAUUGGUUAUGGAUAUUUGCACAGGAUACCUACACGCCCAUUUGAAGAGGGAAAGAAAAUUUCUCUUCCGGGACAGUUGCCUAGUGCAUCUCUCAGUCCCCUCAAAGAUGGCUUCACAGAGGUUCAGCUGUCAUCAGUUAAUCCCGCAGCCACAUUACCCCCUGGGUCAGCAGGCCUUGAACAGAGUCUGUCAGGGCUUUCUAUUAGUUCACCCUCAACUACUGUCAGUAACGUUCUCAGUACAGGUGUUCCAACAGUUCCAUUAUUACCACCGCAAGUCAGUCAGUCCCUUACCUCUGUGCCACCAGUUAACCCAGCAACUACAUUACCAGGUCUGAUGCCAUUACCAGCAGGACUUCCCAACCUGACUGAUCUGUCCAAACUUAAUUUGCCUGCACCACACAUCGUUCCAGAAAUCAUACAGCCUGGUCUGCCAUCCCUUCCCUCCUUGCCGCCUCUGAAUCUAAUGGGAAUAACACCUCUAUCAAUGCCACCCAAAUGUGUUCCUCUGCUUCCUUUGGUCACAGAGGCAUCUACAGUGCCUACAGAUUUGCUUCCCUCCAUUACUCAAGCUGGAAGCUUUUCCGUCGACCCUGGCACUACUGUAAAUGUAGAACAGACCUCCCCGCUCACCCUGGAUAGCGCUACCCCAACUUCUAAGGCGACUAUUGUUGACAGAUCAAGUGAAUCCUCUGCAGUUAAUGAGAAAACAUCUGGAGUCACAGAUACACAAGCUUCUGAAUCGUAACUCCAGAUCACUCUGUUGGAUUGGCUUGGCUUGGUAUUUAUUUAGCCAUGGGAUACAUAUUUGAAGAGCAAGCUAUCAUUAAUUUCAUACUAGUUUGUACUUAAUCUUUAGGAGUCCUGUAAAUAAUAUGGAGGUAUAAUAAAAAUAAAAGGGGGUUUAUAAAGUGUGUGUGGUGGGAGGGGAGGAAGAGUACUUCUAUGUAACCAAAAAAAAAAAAGUCAAAGUGGUAAAUAGAAUUCCACUGCCAAACCCAGAGGUAUAUGUUUUUAAUAUAGGCUGACAGCCUUAUCCUGCUAGGCCUGUCCUUGCUUAUAAUUAGCAAUUUUUGCUUCUGAUAGAAAUGAAGCGGUUAUUGCGUGUGACAUUUACGUACCAUAGUUCUUGUUCUUUGCAAGUAUCUUGUUACUACAGUGGGGAUGAGAAUGUUUAGUCUGAGUUGUAAAUUUUAACACUGCAAAACUUCCACCUGACGAUAUUUCUAUUAAAGUUGCUGAGUGACCUGUUAACUGACAUCUCGUUAUUCAGCUUCUACACAAAUCUUUAUUUUUAAGCUCUUGAGAGAUGCUGAAGCCAUGUUUUGUGACUGCUGCUGCGUUGUUUCAUACGCCCACUGUAAAAUGGCAUUUGGAAAGGAAUACAGGAAAUGUUAAAUGUAGCACACAAUUUGGCACUUCAUGACUACUGUAAGACAAAUUAAUGGAUUAAGCAUACAUACAGCAAUAAAUUCCUGGAAUUUUAUCCUUUGUGUGACAAAAUA